GUUGGCUAAGUCUACCCUAACCCUGAUCCCUCUACUAGGGAUCCACUUGGUGGUGUUUGUCUUCGUGACGGAUGAGUCCACCAAGGCCACCAUCGCGCUGCGUCUCACCAAACUCUUCAUCGACCUCUUCUUCACCUCCUUCCAGGGUCUGCUGGUAGCUAUCUUAUACUGCUUUGUCAACAAAGAGGUUCAGUCAGAGAUCCUGAAGAAGUGGAAGCGUUGGAAGCUGGGUCGUAACAUCGAGGAGGAGUACCGCCACACCUAUAGCCAGACGCCCCACCUCAACACUAAGAGCAGCAGCCUGCUGGGUCACAACCCCUCGCACCCCUCCUCCCUGCUCCUCCACCCCCACCUCCCCGACAUCACCACCUCCUCCCCUGCUCCCCUUGGCCGGGGCCCGGGCUGCUCCCCAGAGGAGAAGCACCUCCUGGUGGUGAGCUGUCAGAAUGGCAUGGGGCGGAGCAGGAAGAACACGGGGUCGUCCAUGCAGUUCCCCUCCCUACCACGUGAGGGAACCAUCAGCUGUAGUCACACACUGUUAGAGGAUAAUAUGGAGGAAAUCUGCUUGACGGACAGGGUGUCAGAGUGUUACGAGGCUCCUAGAGGAAAUGCAGAGAGCCAACUCUGAGACUGGAGAGGACGGGGAAGAUUAAUGACGUAACACCCUGGUAACUACAGCAGAGACUGGAGAGGACGGGGAAGAUUAAUGACGUAACACCCUGGUAACUACAGCAGAGACUGGAGAGGACGGGGAAGAUUAAUGACGUAACACCCUGGUAACUACAGCAGAGACUGGAGAGGACGGGGAAGAUUAAUGACGUAACACCCUGGUAACUACAGCAGAGACUGGAGAGGACGGGGAAGAUUAAUGACGUAACACCCUGGUAACACUCUGGAGCUGGGCAGUGUGUUUCAGGAGAGGUGUGUUUCUCAAUGGCCGUCACCCUGGACCAAUGUUAAUGAGCGUGAUGGCCUUGACAGACCCAGGACCAGUGUGUGUCUCAAUGUUCGUAUCGUCACCCUGAAACAGUGUUAGUGACCCUCUCCAAUCCACAGCCAAAUGAGAGAAACAUAGGACAAGCUAGACCUCCCAUGUUGGACCCCUCUGACCCAGACCAGACCUCCUAUGUUGGAACCCUCUGACCCAGACCAGACCUCCCAUGUUGGAACCCUCUGACCCAGACCAGACCUCCCAUGUUGGACCCCUCU